AUGGCAGUUCUCGCGCUUGCUGUUAUGUUGAGUUUCGGGCAGCUUGUGCAGGGUGACAUGUACCUCAACAGCCCACGCGGAUCCAACAACAAGUUGCGGGAGCAGAGCAACAACGUUCAAAAUGCCAAUCGUCUCUUCGAUUCGCAGAACAAUGCCGCGUCCGGGUACCAGAUUGGCGACGAUUGCAAGCCGGCAUGCAAGGAUGAGAACAACAACUACGACGUGACCAAAGAGGGUGCGACCAAGGGGACAAUGAAAUUCUAUCAAGGUUCAGAACUUUACAUCGAUUGGUUCGUGCAGCACGGUUGUGGCGUUGGUCAUCCGAAUCUGCGCUGCCAGAUCACCUUGCAGUACAUGACCGAUUCGGACAACCCCAACCUCCGCGAUGGGACCGACCAGGAUUCUGCUGGCGGUGACGACGAGGAUCCCACUGAGGAGGCAACAGCCGAGGUGGCCAGGGGUUACCAUGAGCCUUUGGAAUACUACCAGGCCUGUUACGAGCGUGAACGCAACAAGGGCUUGUUCACGUCCGACCAACAGAUUGAGGAGAAUGGCGGUGCCACGUCAACCAGGCAGAACCCCAACGGCAAUGGCCGCCGACGCGGCAACCAGCGCCAUGGCUUGGAGUGCCCAGAGGAGAGGGAUUAUUAUCCCUACUGGCACCCCACGCCUUGGCACGACAUCGCCAUUUUCACAAAUGAGCCUCAAGAGCGUUGCGAGUACUACCGUGCGGAGUCGCAGAACGUCAAGGAGAAGGGCAGGUGCUCCAUCAACCAGUACAACAACCCGGAUGCUUGCACUGGCAAUGGUGGGGAGUGGACUUUGGAGCCCGCCUUCAACGAACCCCCUCCUGAGUGCUGGGGUGGCAUUGCCAGCCGCGACAACCACAAUGGCAACGUGCGAAAUGGACACCCGGACUACUAUUUGUGGAAGAUUCCGGAACACAUCCAAGGCCGCGUUGUCCUUCGCAUUCGCUACAACAUCACCACGGAUGACUUCACGCUGGGCUCCCUGGCGAACCCCACGGAGGAAGGCACUUCCCUCUCCGGGAUCAAAGCAGACCCUUUCUUCAUGGAUCGCAGCUUCAACGACCCCAAUCCAAAUAAUCGAAGGCGGAGCACCUUCACCGGUCGGCCGGCAGUUCCCGUGCCUCUAACUCAGGAUCCAGUUGCGGACUGGCUUGGUUUGGGCGAGGGCUCCGCGGACACCAGUCGAUUGCUCCAACUGCAGGUGAACACCAAUCAGUAUGGGCGUACCUUCGCGGAUCGAACGCACACCUUCCUGGUCAUAGAGCGGCCCGCAGAUGUUCCGGCCGAUCGACGCAUUGUGAACUACAACGUCCGUGGCCGACGCGGCAACAUUGUUCAAGUGUACCCAUCAGUGGAAUACGACUUCGUGCCGCAGGACCUGGUGGUGGAACAGGGUACCUUGUUGCACUUCCAAUGGACCGGUUCGGACGCCAACAACAACGGUAAUGCUGGCAAUGGCCGGGCGGGGACAGAUCGCUCCAACUUGGUCCAGGCGCAGCAUGUGGUGGCCCUCCUCCAAGCGCUUCGAGAUUCCUGCCAGGCGCAGUAUUUGGUGGGCCCCCUCUACCCCCGAGCGCGCUUCGGGAUUCCUAGCCCGCGCCGUGUCAUCCGUGUCGUCCGGACCGUGUCAGUAUGA